GACCCCUCCUUUGACAGUCACCUAUUCCCUCCCCCGCCGUUAUAACGGCCAUAGGCAUCGCACGUGGUCGGUCGCCGUUUAUUCCUGAAUCUGCUGUCGUGACUCUACCUAGUUCGUUCCCCUUCAGAAAGCUGGGCUGGGCCUGGCUUGUCUCGAGGGCAAUGAUGUAGUUUGCGCGAAUUGUUUGCGCGCGCGACGUAGACGCAGGCUGUGUGAGCUUGGUUUUCCUCGCGUCUAGUGGACAGUACAAACGUCCUUCUGUCCCGAGUCUUCUGACGAGGGACUCGCAUUUCCUCACGGGACUUUGGAUGUACUUUUUUCAUUUCAUUGAAUAUAUACAAGUGUAUAGUAUAAGUGAUGGAGAAACUACAGACGUUGCUCAUAGCGAACCGAGGCGAGGUUGCGGCCAGCAUCUGCAAGACCGCAAAGAGAUUGGGCGUGAAGGCCAUUGCGAUUUACAUAGAAGAAGAUCGUAGUACCCAGCAUGUUUCCGAGGCUGACGAUGCUGUUCUUCUGCCCGGCAGGGACGUGGUUGCGUAUGCGGACGAGGAGAAUUUGCUGAGGAUAGCGAGGGAGAAGAGUGUCGAUGCUGUUUUAACGGGGUAUGGGGCUCUGGCUGGGAAUGCGGAAUUUGCUCGUAGAGUUGUCGAGGCGGGAAUGGUAUGGGUUGGACCGUCGCCGGAGUUGAUAGAAGCGUUUGGUGACAAGCAUGUUGCUCGAGGUCUGGCUGAGAAGGCCAACGUGCCUGUUGUCACCGGAACUGAAGGCCCGGUUGAAGAUCAAGAGAUAAAAUGCUAUCCAGAGAGUCGCCACGUCGAGGUGCAGGUGUUCGGCAAUGGCAAAGGCCAGGCGAUCCACUUCGGAGAGCGCGAAUAUUCCAUCCAAAUACGACAUCAGAAGAUCAUCGGUGAAUGUCCAAGUCCGUUCGUCGAACAGCACCCAGGCUUGAAACAAAAGCUAUGCGAUGCUGCUGUGCGUCUCUCCGAGUCCACGAAGUACGGGUCAGCGGGGACUGUCGAGUAUCUGGUCGAUGACAAGUUCGGCGACUUUUUCUUCCUGGGCAUGAAGACGCAGUUGCAGGCUGAACGUGGCGUCACAGAGCUCUGCUACGGAGUCGAUAUAGUAGAGCUAAUGCUGAGGCAGGCAGAUGCCCAGCUAACUGGAAACGAUGGACUCGACGCGGAGGCACUGAAAGCGAUGCAACGUUCAGGGCCCACUGGAUCUACUAUUGGAGUUAGCAUCUACGCAGAGAACUCCCUGAGAGAUCAUGCUUUGUGUCCUGGCCCAUUGCAACAGGUCGAAUGGAAACAUGUGCCUGGUAGUCGCAUCGACACUUGGGUGUCCGCCAAUACUUGCAUCUCGCCAUACUAUUCUCGAGAACCCUUAAUCGCCAAAGCAAUGGUCCUCCGACCGACACGCGGCGAUGCGAUUUCAGGACUCCACCAUCUACUCACCGAGUCCUCUGUCUGCGGGCCCCCGACCAAUGUUGAGUUUCUCGCCUCGGUUCUCCAGGACCCGAAUUUCAAAUACGGAAGCACGCCCACGAACUUCCUCCAGUCCUUCGAUUACCGUCCCCAUGCUAUCGAUGUCGUCUCGGGAGGCGCUUUCACACUGAUCGAGGACCUUCCCGGGCGCCCGGCAGCCGGCAGUGACUAUUCGCACUCAGGGCCUAUGGAUCCGCUUGCUUUCCAGAUCGCGAACAUGCUCGUUGGAAAUCCACGCGAGAAAGAGGGACUCGAGAUCACAUCGAGCGGACCAGAGCUCCGCUUCGUUGCACCGGCCGUCGUUGCGCUCUGCGGCGCGUCCAUGGAGACAACACUGGACGGCCGCGACUUUCCCAUGUGGACCCGUGUGCGAAUCGAAACCGGACAGACACUCAAGAUAGGUGAGACAAGUAGCGGCGGCUGUCGUUCGUAUCUAGCUGUGUACGGCGGUUUUCCGUCCAUCGCAGUGUGCCACGGUUCCAAGUCCACCGCGAUGUUCAGCGACAUCGGCUUCGGACUCGGCGGAUAUCAAGGUCGAGCGCUCAAGUCGGGAGAUCUGCUCCAAAUCACUGCAGAUGUACCUGCAGAGGAAACAAUCGAGGCUGUUUCCAUCCCCGAGACCAUCCGUCCGCAGUACAACUCGCACUGGGAGAUCAAGGCGAUGGUGGGCCCGCACGACGAGGGGUUCUUCCUGCCCGAGGACCUCGACGCCAUCUACAAGGCGAAAUGGAAAGUCGAGGGCAAGGCCUCGAGGUGCGAGAUACGGAUCGACGGACCCAGAAUGAAGUGGGCGCGCAAGAACGGCGGCGAAGCGGGAUGGCAACCGGCCCAUGUCUUCGAGUAUGGGUCUCCGGUCGGGGUGUUGAACUGGUGGGGCGCGGGCUCCUACAUUAGGGGUGUCGACGGUCCUACUUCCUAUCCGUUCGUAAGUUGCACGACUGUAAUCCGUGCCGAGUGGUGGAAGCUGGGGCAGAUAAAGGCGGGGGAUACGCUGACGUUUGUACGUGUGAGUCUGGAGGACGCACUGAAGAAAAGGAGGAAACUGGAGGCGUUUCUCGGCGGCAUCGAGCGUGCGUUGCAGGGUGCCGGGACGUUCGACAGCAUCGAAAGACUACAAGGCUCUCCUGGCUGCCACGUAGAUUUCCACGAUGGAGAUAUAGGAAAAGCGAUCGUUUGGAGUAAAGAGGGUAAUGGAAACACACCGAGCGUCAAGUUCCGCCAGGCAGGUGAUGACUUCCUAAUAGUAGAAUACGGCGACGGAACCACUCUCAAUCCCAACCUUCAAUACUGCGUCACCACCCUCGACACAGCCUUGAACUCCUCUUCCACCCCGUCCACCAUCCGAGACAACCUCAUCACUACACAGGGAUGGCCCACGACACUCCUCAUCCACUACGAUGGCGCAACACUCGACCGAAACGAACUCCUCACGCACCUGCAAACCCUAGAGGCUCAGCUCAGCGACCGCCGUGCCGCUUAGAUAUCGUUGUCUUGAACAUCCCUGGUGUUGUCGACGUGCCAAUGGAGUUACGAGUAAAUCUUGUCGACGUUUGGAGUUAGUAUAUACGAGGUGGUUUUGUUCUUUUUCCUACGUAUACCUCUUAUUCUUGACUUAGAGUUACGUUGAUACACCGCGAUACGUUACUUUUCCUUUUAUUUCGUCGCAAUCGAAAGUCGAGUUCUGAAUGCAACUCACCAAUUUGUCUGGUCUCUGACUGCGGAGUGGUGGGAUGAGGUUGCGUGAACGGCUUCUGACUUGUCUUGUGUCUAAUUGAUAUUUGAUAUACAAC